ACUUUUCCACGUAUCACAGUUGAUUGUUGACAAAAGGCAGACUCCUGAGAUUAAAGGGUAUUUUGUAUCCUGGAAAAAAAAGCAGUAAAUCUGGAACUUUAAAUCUGGUGCUUCAAAGAAUAGUUUAUUUAAAACGAUUUUUAAUUUAUGUGUGUGAAUGUUUUGUCGGAAUGCACAGAAGUGCACUAUACGUACAUACAUGCAUGACUGGUGGCCCAAAGGUCAAAAGAGGGUACGCGAUCCCCUAUAACAGAAGUCACAGACAAUUUUAAGGCACCAUGUGGGUGCUGAUAACUGAAUUCAAGUCCUGUGAGCCCUAUCACCAGGUGGCUUUUAAAACAGGUGGCACUUGACAGAGGCAAAACUAUGUGACCAAGUGUCACAGUUACCCCAACUGUAAGACUGGGGUAGGUUCUAACAAGUCUGCAACCUCCGUUAUGCUUCUGUCGCUAUAGGAGACCAUAGUUGGGGUUCCGACCUGUGAUAUUUGGUUACUGGUUAUGAAGAGCUCAGCACAGUGCGUGUUCAGUAAACGGUAACGGGGCGCUUUCCAUCCUCUUGGGAAGGUCCUACCUCAGACAGCGAUGCAGUGGGAAACAGCGAUGCAUGAAAUAAAACUUUUUCUGGCACUGCUACACAGGAAACUCAGCUCGGUAACAGGUUUGUGCUAACAGGCAUAAACAGUGCCUAAAAGACCUAAAAGGGCCCCUGGCCUCAGAAGCCACUUCAACCAGGCCGUUGCUAGGCGACCUUCCGGCGGUGGACUAGAGGCAGGGCAGCCUGCGCAGGUUCCGCCUCCACUUCCCGCCCAAGUUCCCUCCCCCUAAGGGCAGUCGGAGCGUCAACUCGCGCGACCGGCCGAAGCCCAGCGGCGCAUGCGCGCUACUUCCCGCGCCGCUCAGAGUGACGCACGCUCCGGCUCUAGGCCUCAGCCUCCGCCCCGCCCCCCGGCGUACGGCUCUCGCCCCGAGCCCCCGGCUACGUCCUCACGGGGGGCUUCUCCAACGCCCCGUCCUCCACUUCGCCAACACUGUAGAACUGGCUCAAGCGUGCAGACCCACCUCCCGUGCUCCCGUGGUGGUGGCGGUGGUGAUGAUGGGCCGGCGAGGACCAGGCCAAUGGGCGGGAUGUUCCCAGAGAAAGCCUCCUGGGCCAUGUCGAUGUUACAGCCUGUUUCUUCUCCUGAGCCCCAGCAGAACACAAGUGGACCAGUGGAUGGUUUUUCUUGCUUGAGCAGGAGAAUACCUGGAAUCGGCCUACCACGAGCCUCUGAGCUUUAGAAGCCAGCUGGAUGAAGGGAUGUCAUAACCGCCUGGAAGGGACACGGAAAUCAGCAGUGGGGGGGGAGGGGCCUGGACACACCCCUUCCCCCCCAGACUCCUCCUGGUCAGGGUCCAUCCGGCCAUGGACUUUGGACCUGGAUAAGUGGAGAGAAGCUGUGCUUUGGUGAAUCUGAUUCAGUUUGAAAAUGGAGUAUUAAGUGGGGGGCUUGAUGAUCUCCAGGGGAGCCACUGAGAGAAGAAAAGAAAGGUUCAUGGCUUCUUCCUAAUCUCAGUGCGGAAGAAUCAACCCUUAGAUUGGGAAAGUGAGCCAGGCAAGCCCAAGGCAGCCUUGAGCCCUCCCCUUGCCUGCCCUCCCCUGUGGGGGCCAGGAUGCUGAAGAAGCAGUCUGCAGGGCUUGUGCUUUGGGGUGCUAUUAUCUUUGUGGGCUGGAAUGCCCUACUGCUCCUCUUCUUCUGGACACGCCCAGCACCUGGCAGGCUACCCUCAGACAGUGCUCUUGAUGACGACCCCGCCAGCCUCUCCCGUGAGGUGAUCCGCCUGGCUGAGGAUGCUGAGGUAGAGUUGGAACGGCAGCGGGGACUGUUGCAGCAAAUCAGGGAUCAUCAUGCUUUGUGGAACCAGAGGUGGAAAGUGCCCACUGUGGCCCCUCCAGCCUGGCCCCGUGUGCCUGUGACCCCCUCACCAACAGUGAUCCCUAUCCUGGUCAUUGCCUGUGACCGCAGCACUGUCCGGCGCUGCCUGGAUAAGUUGUUGCACUAUCGGCCUUCAGCUGAGCGUUUCCCCAUCAUCGUCAGCCAGGACUGUGGGCACGAGGAGACAGCACAGGUCAUUGCUUCCUAUGGCAGUGCUAUCACACACAUCCGGCAGCCAGACCUGAGUAACAUUGCUGUACAGCCAGACCACCGCAAGUUCCAGGGUUACUACAAGAUCGCCAGGCACUACCGCUGGGCACUGGGUCAGAUCUUCAACAAGUUCAAGUUCCCAGCAGUUGUAGUCGUGGAGGAUGAUCUGGAGGUGGCACCAGACUUUUUUGAGUACUUCCAGGCCACCUAUUCACUGCUGAGAAAAGACCCCUCCCUUUGGUGUGUGUCUGCUUGGAAUGACAACGGCAAGGAGCAGAUGGUAGACUUGAGCAAACCUGAGCUGCUCUAUCGAACAGACUUUUUUCCUGGCCUAGGCUGGCUGCUGUUGGCUGAGCUGUGGGCAGAGCUGGAACCCAAGUGGCCCAAGGCCUUCUGGGACGACUGGAUGCGCAGACCUGAGCAGCGGAAGGGACGGGCCUGUAUUCGGCCAGAAAUUUCGAGAACGAUGACCUUUGGCCGUAAGGGUGUGAGCCAUGGGCAGUUCUUUGACCAGCAUCUUAAGUUCAUCAAGCUGAACCAGCAGUUCGUGCCCUUCACCCAGCUGGACUUGUCGUACCUGCAGCAGGAGGCCUAUGACCGGGAUUUCCUUGCCCGUGUCUAUGGUGCCCCCCAGCUGCAGGUGGAGAAAGUGAGGACCAAUGAUCAGAAGGAACUGGGGGAGGUGCGGGUACAGUACACUAGCAGAGACAGCUUCAAGGCCUUUGCUAAGGCCCUGGGUGUCAUGGAUGACCUCAAGUCCGGUGUCCCCAGGGCUGGCUAUCGGGGCAUUGUCACUUUCCUGUUCCGGGGCCGGCGAGUCCAUCUGGCACCCCCACAGACCUGGGGUGGCUAUGAUCCUAGCUGGAAUUAGCACCUGCCUUUCCCUGCUGGGUCUCCUAGGCAUACCAUGAGCUGAGACAGGCCUGCAGUCCCUGGGCUAUACCAUCCUGUCAGUGUUUCCCUCUUGGGUCUAUAAUCUUUCUAUUUCUGUGCCCCCCUCCCCAGUGGCAUUCUAGUGCACAAACCAUGAUGAGGGUUAUACUCCUGUUAUCAGGAGAACUAUUGUGUGGUGUAUUUGGUGAUACUGAACAAGAAACCACUGUGUGGUAUGGGGAGGCUUGAGCUUGUUGGGGCCAGGGUGUUCUCUCGAAGGGCAUCUGCAGAGAACUCGGCAGCUCUAGCUCUCUUGACCAGGCCUGUUGACCCUGACCUGGCUUCUGUCAGAACAUGAACCCACCUUAUAUACCUAUUCUCCCUUUCUUCACCUUCCCCCAGUGUGGGGCUAGGUUAUGGAAGAAAGAAUGGGUUUGUGGCCAAAUGAGACUAACCAAAGGGGCUUCACUCUCAGGGUCAGAUUGGAGUUGUUGGGGUGCCAGGGGCCACUGCCUCCUGGCCUCUCUUCCUGCUGACUCUCUAAUGUUCUUCUACAGCACAGCAGCUUGUGGUUGGGAGAUGGGAGGUGGAAAGGGAGAGCAAUUUCUGUGCUAGGGCCAGCUGUCGGGAAAGCCCCGAACUUGGGCACCCUCCUUUCUGGAAGUCAGUUCUCUCUGUGUCCGUGAGGAGGAGUUGGUGCCAGCCUGGUGGGAGACAGUGGGCUGACUUCUGUGCCUCUUUUCCCCUGGGGUUUGAUGUAGAGGCUCCUCCCUGAGGGCUGGCUCCUGGUGGCCAUCUCAGAGCAAAGUAUCCCAGGACAUCUCUGGCCCCAAACCAGCUUCUGUCCUGCCUUCCUAAGCACUCCCACAUCUCCCCCCGCCAAGCUGCAGGUAGCAGGUUGGAGAGAAAUUUGUGUGUUUUUGUUUGUUGCCUGACCUUAGUUUCAUGGAAGAAAAUUAAAUCUACAGAAUUAUUUUCAAAAAUAAAGUAAAGGCUGAAUUGUC